AUGGGGGGCUACGAGCUCGUCCGCAGCGACGAUGCGCCUGCCGCCAUCGCCGUGGAUCUGGAGGCCGGCGGCACCACCGCGCCAUGCGAUGACGACUACCCCAAGCGUCGCGGCGGGUCCACGCCCUCUCCGCCGGCGCCGGCGUCGACUCGGCAGCAGCGCCUCGUCUCGCUCGACGUGUUCCGUGGGAUCACCGUGCUGCUGAUGAUCAUCGUCGAUGACGCCGGGGCAUUCAUUCCGGCGAUGAACCACUCCCCCUGGGAUGGCGUAACAGUGGCCGACUUUGUCAUGCCUUUCUUCCUUUUCAUCGUCGGAGUCGCCCUGGCGCUCGCGUACAAGAGAGUCCCGGACAAGUUGGACGCCACGAAAAAGGCAGUGCUCCGUGCGCUGAAGCUGUUUUGCCUUGGUCUUGUUCUACAAGGUGGAUUCUUUCAUGGUGUUCGCAGUCUAACUUUUGGGGUUGACCUUCAAGAAAUACGGCUGAUGGGUAUACUGCAGAGAAUUGCGAUAGCUUAUCUGUUGACUGCCCUCUGUGAAAUUUGGCUCAAAGGAGAUGAAGAUGUAGAUUAUGGAUACGAUUUGCUCAAGCGAUACCGCUACCAACUGUUCGUAGGGGCAGUUGUGGCGAUCACAUACAUGUCUCUGUUGUACGGUACCUAUGUUCCUGACUGGGAGUACCAGACAUCAGGUCCUGGAUCCAUAGGGAAGUCUUUCUUUGUGAAAUGUAGAGUAAGAGGUGACACCAGCCCAGGCUGCAAUGCGGUUGGCAUGAUCGACCGUAAAAUCUUGGGUAUCCAGCAUCUCUAUGGCCGACCGGUUUAUGCACGAUCCAAGCAAUGCAGCAUCGAUUCGCCACAAAAUGGCCCCCUUCCUCCUGAUGCUCCCUCUUGGUGCCAGGCCCCUUUUGACCCUGAAGGGCUUCUUAGUUCCGUGAUGGCCAUUGUCACAUGCUUGAUUGGGCUCCAAUACGGACACAUCAUCGUACAUUUUCAGAAACACAGGGAGAGGAUAAUGAACUGGCUAAUCCCUUCCUUCAGCAUGCUAGUCCUAGCCUUGGCCAUGGACUUCUUUGGACUGCACAUGAACAAGCCAUUGUACACCCUGAGCUACACCUUAGCCACCGCCGGUGCCGCGGGGCUCCUCUUCUCUGGAAUCUACACGCUGGUCGACAUCUACGGAUAUCGGUGGACGACCGUCGCCAUGGAAUGGAUGGGGAUGCACGCACUGAUGAUAUACGUCCUGAUCGCUUGCAACAUCUUGCCCAUAUUCAUCCACGGCUUCUAUUGGAAGGAGCCCAAGAACAACCUUCUGAAGUUCAUCGGAAUUGGAGCAUGA